AUUGGAUCAGUGUAAGAGAUUGGAUUACACACAAUAUUCUGAUGAGAAAAGGGUUUAAAAUAUAGUGUUUUAACGAGUUUAAGAAUUUAGUUGACAAAGUGUUGAAUAGGAGGGUUUGGAAUACAAACGCAUACAGUGAAGUGGGUCUUUGCUACAAAUGGCGACGAAGAGGGGCAAGAAGAUUUUCAACAAAGAAGAACUUGCAGAAGAUUGGUGCUUUGAAUGUAAAGAUGGUGGAGAGCUCAUGAUUUGUGACUAUGGGAAAUGUUUGAAAGCUUAUCACCCUGCAUGUGUGGAGAAAGAUGACUCAGUUUGGACAAGUGAUAAACAUUGGAUUUGUGGACGGCAUACAUGCUUAAUUUGCCAUGGAAAAUCAUAUUAUCAAUGUUAUUGUUGUGAUAGAGCUGCAUGCUCUCACUGCAUUGGUCGAAUCGAUUUUGUCCAUCUGAAAGGGAAGAAUGGAUUAUGCAAUAACUGCCUAAAGCUUGCAUUGCUUGUGGAAGAAGACAAGAAUAUUGAUUCUGAUGGGGAAAGUGUAGACCUUAGAGAUCACGAAACAUACGAGGGUCUUUUCAGGGAGUAUUAUCAGAUAGUAAAGACAAAAGAAGGAAUUGAUAAAAAUAAACUUCUUGCUGGUAAGGCUCAACUAGACAAGGAGAAGAUUUGCCAAAUUAACUCUUAUUCAGAUAAACAUUGUGAGAAAGAGGAUGAACAACUUUCUUCGGACAAUGAAGAUUUCAGUGAUGGAGAAUCUCAGACAAAAAGGCUUAAAAAGAAAAGAUGCACACAGCUGAAAACAAAGAUGCAAAGUAAAAACAAUUCAAAGAAACAAGAAUUUGUUGGAUGGGGAUCAAAAGCUCUAAUUGACUUUCUGCAGUUUAUUGGUCAAGAUACCAGAGAAAAAUUAUCGAAAUAUGAUGUGUCAUCGAUAGUAACUAAAUAUAUAGAAGAUCAUAGCCUUAUCCAUCCAGUUAAAAAGACAAGGAUCCUUUGUGAUGUUCAGUUAGAAGCUGUUUUUGGGAAGAAAGUGGUAAACAGACGCAAAAUAUUAAGCGUCCUCGAAAGACAUUUUGUUGAUAAUGAGGAACGAUUAAAAAAUGAUGAGCUUGAUGAUGAUCUUGAAGAUGAUGACACAGAAAUAUUGGUGGCUCCUAAAACUGAGGUAAAAGUUGAACAAAACAAGAUAUCCUCAAACUGGUAUUCAACUGCAGCACAAAGUCAAUUUGCAACCUUGAUUCCUGAAAAUAUCAAUCUCAUUUACCUGAAGAAGAGCUUGGUAAUGGAGUUGAUCAAGCAGCCUGAGUCAAUUGAAACCAAGAUUAUAGGAAGUUUUGUUCGGGUCAAGUUAGAUCCACGUGAUUCUGAGCAGUGUAACUCUCAUCAGCUUAUGCAAAUUACAGGGAUCAAGCUUGGAUCAAGCGAUAUGUGCAACAGCGAAAGUUCAAUUCAAGUAUCCAAUAUGGCUGGAGAUGUUAGCUUGACCAAGCUUUCAGAUGCUGAGAUUUCUGUGGAAGAAUGUAAUGUUUUUAGAGAGAAGGUGAAAGCAGGUUUGCUGAAAAAGCUAACAAUUGUGGAGCUUGAACAAAAGGCUGAAAUCCUUCAUGAAGACAUCACAAAGCACAAUAUUGCUCAAGAGCUGCAAUUGUUGCAGAACCGCAUUGAUCGUGCAAAUGAGAAAGGAUGGAGAGAUCAACUUACGCAGUCUCUGGAGAAAAGACACAUCCUACAGCAACCUUGGUACCUAUCAUUUAAGCUGUUGACUAAUCCUGUAGUGAUUCCAGAGGAGGUAGAGCCAUUCAAAUCUGAACAGGAAGAUGGAGCAUCUUGCUCUGGUUGAUAGUAGAGCAACUCCCCAUCUUCUCCUUCCUUGGUCAAAUUGGUGUUGUCAAACCUUUCUUGGAGAACGUUAGUAGCCCGUCUCUAAUGGAGGGAAGAUGCUUCUAUCUGUUGCAUGUUUUACUUUGGUAUUUUGAUUUUAGUUGCUACAAAGACUAUUCAGUUCUAGCUUUGUAAUUUGUAUUACAGCCAGUUAAGACUUUUUUCAGACUGCUCUAGUUGUUUCAAGAAAGCCUGGUGAAGGCAUUUUGAAGUUGCAUUUGCUCUUACCCUAUAUCAUAUGAUGAUUCAUGAGAAUGGAUCAAGGGUAUAUGGUGUACUCUUAUCAACUUAAUGCAACUUAUCUCCCUGUGUUA